UCAUUUCCAUAUUUUGCAAGUUUCUACAAAAUUGUGUAAAAACUAAAAAGUAUGUUAUGAAAAUUUCAGAAAUACUUAAUUUUAUUUUUUAAAAAAGGAGCAGCAGCAUAAGCAUAAAAAUGCCCUGAUCACUGACGAGGCUGUACCGGAUUUUGUGCAUCAUCGAGAACCGCCACCACCACUCCACCGCCACCACCAAAUAAUUCUCUCCCUCACAACAAAAACCACUGCCUCCAUAAAACCCCUUUAUCCUGACCCCACCUUAAAAUGGGAAGCUCUAGCGGUGGGGUUACGGAUGACUCCGCCACCAUCUCCGACGACGACGCCACCACCGUCACCGACAUCGACACCAAAGGCGACGCCGAUUCGCCUACUUUGGCCGAUUCUCUUCCCUUUUCUGAAGGAGAGAGAGUCCUCGCUUAUCAUAACCAACAACUCUACGAGGCCAAGGUGCUAAAAAUUGACAUACGGAUGAAGGAGUGGAGGUAUUAUGUUCAUUAUCGUGGAUGGAGCAAAAAUUGGGAUGAAUGGGUUGGCAUGGAUCGUCUGAUGAAAUAUAUUGAAGAGAAUAUAGAGAAACAGCAGGCGCUAAAAAAGAAACAUGGCUCAGAGAAGAACUCAAGGCCCGGGCGUGGCUCACAGAUAAAAUCAAAAAAUUCUACUGUGUCAAGGGGAAAGAAGCGAAAGAGUGACUCUGGUAUUAAGGAGAGGGGUACUAUACCAAUGGAGAAGCUUGUGAACAUCCAUAUUCCAUCAACAUUAAAGAAGCAACUAGUUGAUGAUUGUGAAUCCAUAACGCAUCUGGGCAAGCUUGUUAAACUUCCUCGUACUCCCAAUGUUGAUGAUAUAUUGAGCAAGUAUCCUGAAUACAGGUUGAAGAAGGAUGGCGUGAUAGCUGAUUCGGUUGGAGAAAUUCUGAAAGGGUUACGAUGUUACUUUGACAAAGCGUUGCCAGUGAUGCUUCUGUACAAAAGUGAGCGUCUACAAUACCAAGAAGCAAUUACAGAUGACGUCUCUCCUUCAACUGUAUAUGGUGCUGAACAUCUAUUACGGCUCUUUGUGAAGUUGCCAGAGUUGCUGUAUUACGCAAACAUUGAAGGGGAGACAUUGACAGAGUUGCGGCAGAAAUUGGUGGACUUUCUCAAGUUUCUGCAGAAGAAUCAGAGUGCAUUCUUCCUAUCUGCUUACCAGACACUGGAGGAUUUUGAUACACCUACUAGCAGUAAGAAACUUGAUGACUGAGCAGGAAGGAUUUAGGUAGAUAUUUUGUGGCCAUUGGGUUCUCUCUUUUUCUGAUUCUACUUUGUGAAACUUUUUUUUACAUGCUUAUAAAAAACAUCUGAUCUAUCUGUAAAUAUGAUCUACGACGUUGGGUAUGCCAUUUAGCAUCUCUAGGAAGAUGAUGCCAUCUACCUCUCCUUGAGGUUGUUGUAGACCAACGCUACUGGUCUUCCCAGCUUGACUAUUAACAGAAUAGAAUGCUGAAUUUUUAUUUAUGAAGCAUUUGUAAUCAUCAUCAAAUGGGGUGGCAACAAUCUGAAUUAGUUCUUAAAACAAUAAUAUCUUUGGUAUAUUUUGCAAA